GGGCAGCUUCACUGGAGUGUGAACGCGGGCUGCUGUUUGCAUUCAUUACAAAGCCAUAAAAACUGGCUGGCUCAGCCCUGGGCAGGACCAGCCCCACUCACAGCCGAUCCCCAGCCCCCGGCAGGCUCCGCAGUGAGAAACCACUCCUGCCGUCCCCGGAGGUGUGCUCGGCACAGAGCUCCCGGCGUCAGCCCUCCCACUGCCUGCCCAUGGCCGAGGAGAAGACGUUUCGCUACGGGUUCAUCAUGCUGGGCUUCUUCCUGGUGAUGACGGGGAUGUUCAUCAUGAGCGUGGAGAAGCCCCAGAUCUACGCCACCUUCUGUGCUGGGGGCAUCCUGCUCAUCGCCGUGGGCAUCACGUGGAGCAUGUGCCAGUGCUACCCCAGGGUGACAUUUGUCCCUGUGCAGCCCGAGGCUGAGAAGUUUCCAGACCACAAAGCCACGCUGCUGCCGGAGAAGGGCAACCUGGAGACACUCAGCCUGCAGGAUCCCUACAGCAGUGCCUACGAGAAGAGCCUGCCCUCCUACGAGCAGGUCCAGACAUCAGCACAGCCUCGGCCCCGCAGCUGCUCACAGGCACUGCUGCAGGCAAAGGCAGAGGUGCACCAGGAAUCGGGGGGACCCCAAGAACACCUCCAGGAGGCAGCCCCACAGCUGGAGCCUGGCAGCUGCCCCUCCCAGCCACCCCUGGGCUCUGCACCACUGGUGUCCCUCCUGGAGGACAUGGACACGGCCUCGCUGGAGAGCUCUGUGCCCGACAGCCCCUCAUCACCCCAAGGCUGCUCUGGACAGGGUGAGCACCCCGGCUCCCCACAAAAAGCCAGCAGGAAGGUGAAUGAUCUCUACUAUGGGCUGGGAGAGGGAUCAGACAUUCUGCUCGAAGACAGUGACCACCUCUUUGAGCCUGAAAAAUGAUGUUCCUGAGGGGACUGGUGCUGCAUGGAGGGGACACCCGAAGUACAGCCCUGGCACCAUGGAAGCACUGGGAUGGGCACAGGGAAGCCCAAAUGCCAGCGAGAAGGACAUGCUGGGAAGCAGCCGGGCUGUGCCAGGCUGUGUAGGUAAGCAGCAGUGCUCCAAUCCCAUGGGUUGUGUA